CACGAGGGCAGACGCCGCCAGACGUCACGUCGCAAUUGUCUGGCGCAGUCCUGCCAGUAGUCUGGACGUUUUGUGAGGCCCCGCCCCCCUGACGUCACGCCGCAGGUUCGGGCGCCUGCGCAGUCUGGCGUAAACAGACACUCCGGCAGAAGACGUACGGCGGAUCGGUAAUUUGUUACCGGAGGCUGCAACGAAGGAAAACCGAGUCCUGAGCGGGAGGAGGGGGAAGACUGACAACCGGGCUGCCAGGCCGAGACCUCUCCCGUGCGCCCACCCGAGCUCCUGGCCCCCGUGGAGUAUUAAUAAUUUUUUUUUGUUGUUUGGAGUCUCAGAGGCGACUGGUUCCAUCCGGUUCCUGCGCCUGCGCACUGAGUCCCGUGCGGGAAGCUAACAGGAUGGUGCAGAAAGAUGGGCAGGCGGCGGCGGCCGUCAUCUCCGAGGCGGACAAGGAGGCCAACCCCAACCCUCUUGUGCCCGAGCUGGUGCCCACCGUGCCGGCAGGAGAGGACACCGACACGGAGACCGAGACCUCGGCGAACAGGAGGUUCCUGUGCGGCGUCGUGGAGGGUUUCUAUGGACGACCGUGGACUAUGGAACAAAGAAAAGAACUGUUCAGGAGACUUCAGAAGUGGGGCCUUAACACAUAUCUGUAUGCACCAAAAGACGACUACAAGCACAGGAUGUUUUGGAGAGAGAUGUACUCUGUGGAAGAAGCCGAUCAGCUCAUGACGUUGAUCUCUGCUGCCCAGGAAUUUGGAAUAGAGUUUAUUUAUGCCAUAUCUCCAGGACUUGAUAUAACUUUUUCUAACCAAAAGGAAGUGUCCACACUGAAGCGCAAGUUAGACCAGGUCACUCAGUUUGGGUGCAAGUCAUUUGCUCUUUUGUUUGAUGACAUUGAUCACAAUAUGUGCCCAGCAGAUAAGGAGAUUUUCAGCUCUUUCGCCCACGCACAAGUAUCAAUAACUAAUGAGAUUUUUCAAUAUUUAGGUGAACCCGAAAACUUUUUAUUUUGUCCUACGGAAUACUGUGGAACGUUCUGUUAUCCAAAUGUCGCCCAGUCACCGUAUCUGAGGACAGUGGGUGAAAAACUACUGCCUGGUAUAGAAGUUCUCUGGACAGGCCCUAAGGUUGUUUCUAAAGACAUUCCAGUGGAAUCCAUUGAAGAGAUUUCCAAAAUUCUCAAGAGGUCACCCUUGAUCUGGGACAACAUCCAUGCAAACGAUUACGAUCAGAAGAGACUAUUCCUCGGACCCUACAAGGGCCGCUCCACAGAACUUAUUCCUCGACUCCAAGGAGUUUUAACCAAUCCAAACUGUGAAUUUGAGUCAAACUAUGUCGCCAUUCACACAUUAGCUACCUGGUAUAAAUCAAACAUGAACGGAGUGAGGAAAGAUGUUGUAAUGACUGACAGUGAGGAUAGCACCGUAUCCAUACAGAUUAAAUUAGAGAAUGAAGGCAGCGAUGAAGACCUGGAAACGGAUGUACUUUAUAGUCCUCAAAUGGCCCUUAAAUUGGCGCUGACAGACUGGCUGCAAGAGUUUGGUUUGCCUCUUCAGUACAGCAACCGUCAAGUAGCCCACAGUGGAGCAAAAGCCACUGUUGUUGGAAUGGCGCCAUUAAUAUCCACCCCAUCCCUCAAUGCAUCAACAACCGUAACCACAGUUUACCAACAGCCUAUAAUGAGCCAAGGUACCGCACUAAGCACUGACCCACCAAUGUUGCCAAAAGAGGCGGAAAAGAAGCAACUUGAUGAGGAACCCAUGGAGAUGGUGGUAGAAAAGAUUGAAGACUUAAACAAGAACCAAAUCUUAACAGACUGUGUCGAGGCUAAAAUGUCAGAGGAUUUAAAGCCGAUGGACACCGAUAAAGAGAGUGUCGGCGAAGGCAAGUCUUCUGAGUCCUGUAUGCAGGAGGACGUGUGCAAUGACAUUGCGCCAAUGCAGACUGAUGAACAAAUCAACAAGGAACCAUUUAUCCCUGGUCCCAAUGAGAAGCCCCUCUACACGGCCGAAGCCGUCACCCUCGAUGACUUACAAUUACUUGCUGACUUAUUUUACUUGCCUUAUGAGCAUGGACCAAAAGGAGCACAGAUGCUAAAGGAGUUUCAAUGGCUACGUGCCAACAGCAGUGUGGUCAGCGUGAACUGUGUCGGAAAAGACACAGACAAAGAAAAAGUGGCGGCCAGACAAUACUUGCCUAUUUGGAUCACUGAAUGGAGAGCCAGAGCUGCAAAAUUUGAAGAGAUGUGCGGCGUUGUGAUGACCAUGUUCACCCGACUCUCCAACUGUCCGAAUCGGACCAUCCUCUACGACUUGUACCCCUAUGUCUGGGAUAUUAAGAGUAUAAUUUCUAUGGUGAAGUCAUUUGUUCAGUGGCUUGGGUGUCGUAGUCAAUCUUCAGCACAGUUCUUAAGUGGAGACCAGGAGCCCUGGGCCUUUAGAGGAGGUCUAGCAGGAGAGUUCCAGCGUUUGCUUCCAAUUGAGGGAGCAAAUGACCUAUUUUUUCAGCCUCCUCCCCUGACACCGACGUCUAAAGUCUACACAAUAAGACCUUAUUAUCCGAAGGAUGAGGCAUCUGUUUACAAGAUUUGCAGAGAAAUGUACGAUGACGAGAUGGACGAUCUGCCAUUUGAGAGUCAACCUGACUUAAUAGGAGACAAGCUCGUCGGAGGUCUUCUGUCCCACAGUCUUGACUACUGUUUUGUAUUGGAAGAUGAAGAUGGGAUAUGUGGCUAUGCUGUGGGCACAGUAGAUGUGACUCCUUAUCUAACAAAAUGCAAACAUUCCUGGAUUCCCUUCAUGCAGGAGAAAUACACCAAACCGAAGGCGGACAAAGAGCUGUCUGCUGCAGAGAAAAUAAUGCUCAGUUUUCAUGAGGAACAAGAAAUCUUACCCGAUACAUUCCUUGCUAAUUUCCCUUCUUUAAUAAAAGUGGAUAUUCAUAAGAAAGUUACGGAUCCUAGUGUAGCCAAAGGAAUGAUGGGGUGUCUUCUAUCUUCUCUUAAAGCUAAUGGUUCACGUGGUGCUUUCUGCGAGGUGAGACCCGACGAUAAACGGAUCCUCGAUUUCUACAGCAAACUCGGCUGCUUUGAAAUUGCCAAAAUGGAAGGAUUCCCUAAGGAUAUUGUUAUUCUCGGUAGAAGCCUAUGAAGACUAUAUAUUUGUUUCUGCGGAAUAAGCUAAGAAAACAGAUUAUAACAUCAUGCAAGAUGGCAGCAGGUUUACCAACAGGUUGUCUGGACUCUUCCUAUGCAUACUAUAACAGUACAAGUGGACGACUAAAAAAACACAAAAGGAAAAGAAAAAAAAAAAGUUUUUACGGCAAAUGUCUUUAAUCUUCUGUUGGUUGUUUGCAUGGGCCCCCACCCUUGGAGCGGCGCGCUCUACUAUAGGAGAACACGCGCCGGAUUUGUUUUUAUGUAGUUCUGAUUUCAGUACCUGAUACUUCACCUUCUGUUUUGCUAUCGUUUCAGGAUUUGACAGGAUUUUUUUCUUUCUUUUUUUUUUCUUUUUCCUUGCACGUUGGGAAAUCCAUAUUGCCAAUUUUCUGCAUUCUGUAAGCCAGAGAAAAGGGGGGGGGAUGAUACACGUAGCACUUGGUAUAGGAGGGAGUGAUGUGAGGUAGGACACAAGGGCCCAGCUUGUGAGUAUGAAGGACCAGCCCGAGUUUUGGGGACGGGGCCCUAGGACAAGCUGAGGUGGUGUGCGACCCAACAAAGAGAAGUGAAGCCUUUCUGUAAAUGAAACUGUAGAGAACUGUAUGUACAGUCUGUUUACCAUGUUAUGUUUUUUGUACAUUAUAUUCUGUUUCUUUUUACAAGUUUUUGAUCCAGCAUGGUUCACGUAAUACGAUGGUUAAAAAAGAAUUCAUAAGUGCUUAAACCUCGCA